GGUUCUGUCUAUGUGUCGGUUAUCAUGGAUUGGAUCACUCUCAUUCUCUCUUUAAUUGUAAUUGUAAUUUCAGCUCAUCUAUUAUUUUCAGAAAAUUACACAAAUGCUCCUCCAUGCAUAAAAGGAUGGAUACCUUGGUUUGGUGCAGCUUUAGAUUUUGGCAAAGCUCCUUUGGAAUUCAUAGCUGAGGCAAGAGCUAAGCAUGGUCCGGUCUUCACUGUAUGUGCUGCUGGCAAACGCUUAACCUUUAUCACUGUCCAUGAGGACUUUCGCACCUUCUUCAUGUCCAAAGAUGUGGACUUUGAACAGGCAGUCCAGGAGCCCUGCUACAACACAGCAUCCAUCAGCAAAGAAAGUUUCUUCAAGUUCCACCCGGCGUGCAACACUCUGAUCAAGGGCAGGCUGACCCCGGGCAACUCUGCCAUGUUGGCCAACCACCUGUGUGAGGAGUUCAACGAGCACCUGGAACUGCUUGGGGACAGUGGGACCAAAUGUCUCAGUGACCUGGUCAGGAGUGUCAUGUACCCAGCAGUGAUGAGCAACCUGCUGGGGAAGGGUAAUUCUCCGUCGCACAACAGCUCCAUGAAGGAAUUCCACGACAAGUUUGCCGUCUACGACGAAGGCUUUGAAUACGGCUCUCAGCUCCCUGACCUGUUUUUGCGGGAAUGGGCAAGUGCCAAGAACUGGCUAUUAACCAUGAUGAGGAACAUGGUGGUGAGAGCAGAGGAUGGGGAAGACACUGACACAGGCAGAAGGACUCUGCUGCAGCAUCUAAUUACAACGAUAACGGACAAGUACCUUCCCAACUUCGGCCUUCUCAUGUUGUGGGCAUCCCUGGCCAAUGCAAUACCUAUCACAUUCUGGGCUAUUGCCUUCAUAAUGUCCAACCCCUCGACCUACAAGAAAGCCAUGGAGCAGAUAAAUGCAACACUAAAAAAUCAAGACACUAAGAACACCAGCGUGUCGCUGGAGGACCUGCAGGAGAUGCCGUACGUCAAGUGGUGCAUCCUGGAGGCCAUCCGGCUCCGGGCCCCUGGUGCCAUCACCCGCAGGGUGGUGCGGCCGCUCAAACUGCAGAACUACACCAUUCCUGCAGGAGACUUGCUGAUGGUGUCUCCAUACUGGGCGCACCGAAACCCAGAGCUGUUCCCUGACCCAGAGGAGUUUAAGCCAGAACGAUGGGAGAAGGCGGAUUUAGUAAAGAAUGUCUUCCUGGAAGGGUUCGUGGCAUUUGGAGGAGGCAAAUACCAGUGCCCAGGAAGGUGGUACGCAAUAAUGGAACUGCACAUGUUCGUGGCCAUGAUUCUCUAUAAAUUUGACUUCACUCUUUUGGAUCCUUUGCCUAGUCCGAGUCCACUUCACCUGGUGGGCACACAGCAACCUGAGGGGCCGUGCACAGUGGAGUACAGGCGCCGGUAACGUGUCGCCACCACCAGCAGGGGGCGUUGUUUUACACGCUCCCAUCCAGAACAACACAGUUAAGACUGAGCACAGAUAGGACCACUACAACAAAGCCAAUGGCAAACGAUUUGGAAAUCCAGUUAAUAAAGCUUGCACAGCGGUGCCUUCUUUUAUGAGCUGAAUUUUAGUGUCCACCCUUUGAGUGAUGAAGGAACAGAUAAACUCACAAUGGUUCCUCCAUAUAGCCUCUAAUGUCUCUGUGUUAGUGCCGGAAUAUAAUGAAUAUUCAACAUGAUUUAGUAUUACCUCAGUGGCCUCAGAUAUAAUAGGAAAACAUACUUAUGAAGCCAAGCACUAGGGUCCAAGAUGUGAGACAAAUCUUCAUCACUCACAUGACAUAGAUGUAUAUUUAUUAUUCUAAAGCCAUGAGCAUUUAUUUUAUUAUGGGUGAAAUGUAAAUUGAAAAUAAUCUGUAAUUUUAUGUGACUACUCAUUAACUGGUAUUGCAGUGUCUUGCUUUGUCUGGUAAAUAUGCUUACCUGUGCAGUGUGCACUUUAGAUGGCAAUUCAAAUAUCCAUCACUACACUUUUUGCAAUAAACAUUUCUGUUUCCUUGCA